AUGUACCUUCUGUCCUUCAUUGGCGUCGUCGAUCUGCUCUCGCUGUCCGCAUUUAUCAUCACAUUGACACCUGCAAUGCACGAUUCUGGGCUUCAUCCGAACUACGACUCGACGCGUGCCAAAGAUGUCUGGAGGGAUCUAAUUCUUCCCUUGCGCCUCAUGCGGCUGAUGAUGUUAGAGUCUUGGACGCCGGCAAUCCAGUCACUGUGCGAUGUAAUUUGGAUGCAGGCAUCGGCCCUUCGAAAGGCUUGCUAUGCGCUGGUGUGUGUCUGGUACAUGUUCACUGUCAGCCUCUAUGUUUUGGAGAAGGACUCCGAAGACGACGAGAUCAGUGCUCGCUUUCACAAUGUUCUUGUGGGCCUUCCGCAUGGCCUGAUACACCUGACUGGCGACUAUCCCUGCACCAACUACAGCAGUCUUUCAAUGCCCUUCCACCUGGUCUUUCUCAUACUCGGAAUGUGCUGCACCGGCACCUUUACCGGCAUCUUUGCGGGUGGCUUCGUGGAAUACCUGGGCGCGCAGCGCGAUUUGGAACGCCGCCAGGCCGCUGAGGAGCGCGUGCAGAUCAUGGUCUCCGCAGUAUCUGUCCUCCAGCGACGAUUCCGAGUGCGGCAGAAGCAGCGGCGUGACGUCUCCAGCGCAGAGCUGCCACGCUACAACCAGGUGACCAUCCAGAAGGCUGCACAGCGUCUGCUGAGGCGUCAGACCAGCCUUGGUCGGGUCUUCAUGGGCUUGGCCCAAGCUGCCCUCAUUAUCAACAUCCUAAAUACAAUGUUGGAAUCCAUUCCGGAAGUGGAAGCGCUAGGGCCAGAAGCACGCAGAUCCUUGACCCUAGUAGAAGUGGUCACAGGGCUCAUUUUCGCCAUCGAGUUCUUCUUUCAUUUCCUAGCAAACCCCCUCGGCCUUUUCACAACUCCGAUGCGGAUGAUCGACUUUGUGUGUCUGGUGCCGACGAUUAUGAGGAUCAAGUUCGAGCUCGAGAGCACCGAAACUCAGAACGGCUCACCAGGAAUGGAGGCGUUCAUCGAGAGCAUCGCCGCCUGUCGAAUCAUACGGGUGCUUGACUGGCCAGGCAUUGCAAGAGAGGUGAAGGCCGUGAAGUCCACGCUGCGAUCGGCGCUUCCCAGCCUCGCCAUGCCCGCCGUGAUCUCCUUGGAGCUCUGGGUGCUGACGGCAGGCAUCUUCGUCUGGCUGGAAAACAUGUUCACGGCUGAGGGAGACGAGUCGGAAGACUCGGUCCCUUCAGACCAGGAGCAUAUGGGCUCCAUCCCCGACGCGCUGUACUGGUGCAGCAUAUACCUGCUUGGUGAAUGGGCCAAUGAUGAGUUUACCGAUGGAGCUGGCAGCCGCAUGUGCAUUUUCUACUGUCUCUGCGGGGUAGCACUUUUCUCCAUUCCGGUGGGAAUCAUGGUAGAAGCUGGCCAGUCAACGCUGCUGAAGAUUGCGGAUGAGCGCCGUGAGUUGGAGGAGUUCCGCCAGGCGGCCCGGGGCCGGGCUCCCGUGGCUCCCGAGAAGAGGCCAAAGAGCUUGCCCGAGCCCGUCAAGGACGUGCCUGCCGAGGAGGCAGAACCAAGGAAGGUCGUCGACUGA